CGUCGCGCAGACAUGGUCAAUAAAGACCUAUAUGAUCUUUAUCCGCACGGUUGGGAGACUAGCCCACCCGAGGAGCGGUUUAAAGUCUCAACUCUGGAUUAUCUGACCGGACUCUGCUAUACCCACUUUGCAGUGUACUUUCGCCUUGAAGACGCCGACAAAAGUAAAGCCGCUGCUGUUCUCAAAGAAAGUCUCCAGCGAACUUUAGCCCAGAUAGGCCAUCUCUGUGGUACAAUCGAGAAAGACCCUGAGGGUGGCCACUCAUUUGUCAAGAAACGCCAGAGUACGGUGCAACUCAUCAUUCAAUGGCUUGAUUCUCCCGAAGAUACCGAGAAGUUCCCAUCAAUGUCUGAUAUGGAAGCGUCAAGCUUCGCCGGCCUCACGCUCGGCGACUUCAAGAACUGGAGCAUCGAGCCGAUGACAUACGGUGAACGACCAGAAGCUCAUCCAGACAAAUCACCCACCGCAUCAGCUUUCAUAGCCAACUUUGUCCGUGGCGGUCUCGUCCUGGUUACUCAUAUGCACCACUACGCCAACGACGUGAUGGGCUGGGCGGGAUUCAUCCACCAACUCGCAGAGAACUGCUACGCGAUUCAUCACAAAACGCCAUUCCCUGCCUGGGAUCCAGCAUGCAAUGAUGUAUCCAUCGUCUCAAAACUAGACCCUCCCAGCGACCAACGCGUCAACGGCCCGCCUGAGCCACAGCGUCACCCGGACCAGAAGCCAGGACAAUGUCUUCUCUUCCAUCUACCCAAAAGCAAAGCCGCGGAGCUUAAAGCCCUCGCAGCGCCGGAAGACGGAACAUGGAUCUCUACCUACGACGCAUUCGCUGCCUUUCUCUGGCGCACGGUAACUCGCCUCCGCCAGCCCGUGUUUCAAACGUCUCUCGAAAGCCCCAUCUUCUGGUGCGAAGCCGUCGACAUGCGUCGUCGCCUCAACGAUCCCCCCGUCCAUCCACGCAUCCAACACAACGUCCUCUGGGCUGCUCUCUCCGACCAGGCCCCUUUCCGACAGCUCACGCACGGGGAAGUUAUUUCCCAAAAGCCCCUUUCGGAACUCGCCGCUUAUAUCCGACGCAUCACGAACACGCAGACGCAGGCGAAUCUAGAUACAGCGCUGACGGCAGUCUCGCAUGUCAAGGACAAAACGAACUUGAAUAUUCGGAUUAAUUCCAAACCGCCGAUGUCGAUUAUCAUGACUGAUCAUCGGGAGGCGAAGGUUACGGAUGCGGACUUUGGGUUUGCGAGGCCGUUGGCUCAUCGCCAUCUGCAGCGGGGGGAUGGCGUCACGGUGGGUGUGUGUUUGGUGUAUCCGCCGAGGUUGGAUGAGGAUUCGGGGUCGGAUGAGGGGAAUGUUUUUGCGUUGAUGUAUGAGAAGGAGUUGGCGGGGGAGCUGAUUGCAGAUGAGGAGUUUAGGAGGUAUUUUGAGUAUAGGGGGGUGGAUAGUGAGUGA